CAGUUCUCCUGAGCUGCUACCGGAAAUCAAGGCAGAGGAUGGGAACCAUAGACGUAAACAGGAGUGGUUGAUGAAAAAUCCAUAACUGCUUGUUAUAUGAGGAUCUGUAUUAUUAUACUGCCUUAUCAGUGAUGUGCUGUGGAAGCGCUCUACCUAUUCAUUAACUAGAGCAUCCCCUCAAUGCAGACACUACUCAGAUUUAAAGCAAUGGCAAACCUAUCUGCAGCUACUGCUAUGAUUGGUAGGAUGGUCCUGAGUAGAGGCAUCACUGCCCAACGCCUCAGUAAAAAUGUAACUUUCUACAUGAAUGAAUUAGCGGCUCCAGAUACAGGGUGUCAGGAAAAAAACCCUGUAGACCAUAAACCCCUCAUGCUGAUCUUGCCUUGGUUGGGGUCCCGUCCUCAAGCUGUUGACAAAUAUUGCGAAAUCUACUUCCGCACUGGCUUUGACGUGCUUGUAGUUGAAAGUGAGGUACAAGAGUUCCUGUGGCCUCGCUGGGGUUUGGAUCAUGGGAAAAGGUUGCUGGAGUUGCUUCACAGUGAGCGCUUUGUGUCCCGCCCACUGCUUGUCCAUGCCUUCUCCAUUGGUGGCUACACAUUUUGUCAGCUACUGAUACAUGUGUCUGAGGACACACAGAAAUAUCAAGCGCUCACGCAGAGGAUCAAAGGCCAAGUCUAUGAUAGCCUGGUGGUGGGAUCUGUGGACCAGAUGGCCGUAGGUCUAGGUAAGACUGUUUUUCCACGUUGGGAGACUCUGGUAAAACAACUAAGCCUGUUAUACUUUGGCCUUUUCCAACGCCAGACAGUGGAUUAUUUUAACAGAAGUAUUGAUGUUUUUUGGAACUCUCCAAUCACCGCUCCUGCACUGUUCUUCUUUUGCGAGAAUGAUCCGUUAAGCAACUGCCAAGCCACGGAGGAGUUGAUUGAAUUCUGGCGAAAACGCGGGGUAGACGUCACAGCAAAAAAGUGGGAAGAUUCAACACAUGCAGGUCACCUAAAGAGGCACCCACAAGGGUACCUGACCACCCUAAACAUGUUCCUCCACUCACUCGGCUACACCCCAUUAACAGCCAAGAUGUAAGAUGAUUUAAUUUGACCACAAACAACACAACUAUAUUAGUUUGACUUUCCUUGUUUUCUGUGUUUAACCUAAAAUAUAUGUUGGUCUAUGAGCCUUCUGUGUUGCCAUUACAGUGCAGCAUACUUAGGAUACAUUUAAUAUAGUUUGUUGAUGAAGUUCAAAUUAAGUUUUGUGAAGCUCAUGUGUAUGAAGAAAUGCAGUACAUAUUGUGCAAUUAAUGAAUGCAUUACGUUCCUGCCAUAAAAUGCCAGGAAAUAGUGAAAAAAAUGUCAGUUUUCUCACAUCUCCAGAACAAUCAAAAGAUAUUUCGUGAUCCAUCAUGUAUCACCAAAAAAAAUGUAACCUUCACGUUUAAGAACGCAAUUUUCUCUUAAAUGACAAGUGCUUUGUACGUGUAAAUAAUGUAGACUCUGUUAACUUACUUUCAUAACACCAAACUAAAUGAUAAAAACUGCUGCAUAAGAAUGCCCUUAUAGAGAAAAAGAACAUUAUGUCUGAACUAGGCAGACUCGUAAGCAACUUAGUUGGUCCCAGACUCAAAUUUCCAAAGCAAAUAUGUUGAAUGCUGUUAUUAAUUUACAUUUUCCAAUUCAAAGAUGGUGAAAUGAAUGCAACCAAAGUCAAUGGAAGGAUAUGAAAAGAGAUAGGCACAAUUAUUCUAAGUAUCAUAAACUAAGGCAAGAGAAGGUAAUGCUAUUUACAUACGAACAUGUAGCUUUUGGGAAAUAUUAUGUUGAGUGACAAUUUUUUUUCUGAGUUGUAUGACUCCAUGGAUGUACAGAAACAAUUCAAACUGGAGGUCCUGGUAAUCUUGAUAAUCAGUCUGGCUGAGCUCAGAAACACAGACUCUUACCUCAGAAUCAGAUCUUUAUUGUCAUUGUCGCAAUACAUUGGAAUUGAGUGCCUUACUGGCAGUGUGACAUUAAAAUAAGUGCUAUUAUAAAUAAAUAGUAUAAAUAUAAAACGAGGAGAGAAAAAAACAAGCACUCUACGGCAAUUAUGUAUUUUUUGUAUAGACGAUUUAAAUUUGCUGUUUGUGUGGGUGUGUUUUUUUCAGGGAAAACUCUGUUUCGCUUUCUUCUUAAACACCUAUUCUGCUCCAGAGCAGCUUAUGUUCCAAAUAAGACAUCGAUGCAGACAAAAGCAUGUUUUACUGACCAAUCAAAUCUCUUGAAAAGCCCUAGAUGGGAUGGUGAUAUAAAAUGGAAAUAAUAGUCUGCACAGUAGAUUAAACUUCCAUAUAUUUAAUGUAGUUCUUCUAGUUUGUUCUUUAGUUCUCUUUAACAUGCUCUUCUGUUCCACUCCUUUGUAUAGCUGUGCGGCUUUGUUAACUUUUUUUUGUUGAUAACCAGCAUCUAGGGCCUGAGGGAAAAAUUGUUUGUGCUUGUACUGUUUUUUGUGCUCUCUCUAAGCCAAAACACAAACAACAUAUGUUUACACAAAAAACUUAAAGGUCUGCUUAAGGGACAUUUAUUCUUUCAUAAAAACAAUGCCAUGUUGGUUCUUUACCUGUAUGAGUUACGGUGCAUCCACAAACCACCAAAGCAGCAAAUCCGAGUGUGAAUUGUUUUUAACCUUCUAAAAUGAAAAGUGUCUGUUGAAGGUCAUUAUUGAAGUGCCUCUAAUAUUGUAAAAUUGUGUGUGUCAUAACUUGAAAUCUUUAUAUAUUUCUGAAUUUGUGAAAUAAAAUAACAUUUUUUGUCACCAUUUCUUUAAUUAUAUUUCAGUUAUUGUAUAUAAUCUCUCCUUUUGUACUUUUUGGGUCGCUGAUGUGAAGAAUCUGCUGUCACAUGGCAAUCUUUGGGAUUGGGAUUAAAAUAAAUUAUUCUCCCUGAA